CUCGGCUUUGGCUGUUCAUCUUUCGAUUUUUGGUGAAGGAACGCGGUACGUUCAUUUUGUUUAACUUCUCAAAUAGGCUCGCUAGUGAUUCGUGUAGUGAUUUAAAUUUUAAACUUAACAGAACAAUUAAAAUCGUAGAAUGGCUCCCCAGGGAAUUGGAAAUUCGACGGAGGCCCGACCGGAGAGCGAGGCGGCUACCAACGGUGCCGUCACCGGGAGUGGGUCCCGAAGAGACAUCCGCUUGCUGGACGGGGGCUUCGCCACCCAGCUAAGUUGCCAUGUACAGCAGCCCAUCGACGGGGACGUCCUGUGGAGUUCCAGAUUCCUGGCGACCGAUCAGGAGGCUGUCAUCGAUACUCAUCUGGAUUUUCUUAGAGCCAGUGCAGACGUAAUAAUCACGAACACAUACCAAGCAGACGUAAACCUGUUUGCAGCCCAUCUAAAUAUGACCCCGGAAGAAGGCUACAAACUCAUCAAAACGGCUGUAGAACUGGCAAAGGCGGCCGUGGAAAGGUACUUAGAAGAAUUUCCAGAAGCCCGAAAGCCGUUAAUAGCUGGUUCAGUGGGCCCCUAUGGAGCUUCUCUCCACGACGGAUCAGAGUACACAGGAUCCUACGUAAAGACUGUCUCAACAGAUAUCAUGAAAGAGUGGCAUCUUCCUAGAAUAAGGGCGCUAGUUGAAGCUGGCGUUGACCUAUUAGCCAUAGAAACAAUUCCCAGCGGAAUAGAAGCGGAAAUGUUAGUAAAUUUAUUAAAAGAAGAGUUUCCAGGUGUCAAAGCUUGGGUAUCGCUAAGUGUUGGACAAGAUGGUAAAACAACAGCUUGCGGCGAAGACUACCAGAAAACGGCGAGGCGUUGCUACGACAUAAAUCCUGAGCAAGUGGUGGCUGUAGGUUGUAACUGUACCGCCCCCAGUCUCAUAGAAACCUUAAUAACCGGUAUAAAUGACGACAGAAAAGACAAUCCGCGGCCGCUGAUAGUUUACCCCAACAGUGGAGAGAAUUACAACGUAGACUUAGGGUGGGUCAAUAGAGAAAAAUGCGAACCAGUUGCAAAUUUCGUCCAAAAAUGGUUAGAUCUUGGGGUGACUUGGGUAGGAGGAUGCUGUAGAACCUACGCUAAUGACGUCAAUAAGAUAAGACAAGAAGUUGAUUUAUGGAAGAGAAAUAAUUGUAAUUAAUAAAUGAAGAUUUUGUAACUAAAAUUUUAAUUUUUUAAUUGUUAAUUAAAUUAUGUUUUUUCAUAAUUUUCAGAGGAUAUAAUGUAAAUAUAUCAACAAACUUUUAGGUGUUGUAGGGGACAUCAAAAUAAACAUGUUUUGCCGAAUAAACAUUUGUCCGAAAACGGUUAUUUGUAAUUUUCAUAACUGAAUUAAACAAUGCAAAUAAAAUUUACCUUUUUGUCUUUAAUAUUUUCGCAGCUUGUUUUCGAAAAAAAAAAUAGUAAUCAAAACUAUUGCACGCCUCUGAAGCAACUAAAAAACAAAAGUCAAGAGACAAAUAAGUUGUGCGUUACUCUUUUUCAACAAAAAAAAUGCCCAUGGGCACAACUAUGUAAAUUUUGGAUAUACACGCUAACAGGUCCAAAAUAUACCUCAUUAGGAUAUCAAUAAAAAAAAAUUCAUUAAAAUAGGUUAAAAAGUUUUAACAUAUUGAUUGAAAAUCCAUUUUUUUAAACGUUCACAACCUGAAUCUCGGAAACAAAGCGUUUUCAGACAUAUGUUUAUUAAGCAAAAAAUGUUUAUUUUGAUGUCUUCUAUACCACCUCAACAAGUUUGUUAUUAAAUUUAUAGGACACCCUAUAUACUCUUUGUAACUAACGCUUAUCUGAACAUUUGAAUUAAUUAAAAUGACUGAUACACGUUCAAAAUUAUUAUUGUAUUUUUAUACAAAUAAUAUAGAGAAAAUUUUAUUUUGCUACACUAUAUCUGUUUUUAUAAAUAAGACUAAUUAAAUUUUGCCAAAGUACUAGUUGUCGAUUUGUUUUGUAUAUAUUUGAUAUCUGUACUUACUGUAGAGGGUACGUAUUUUUGAGAAAUGUCUGUAUAUUAUGCCAGAUUUCUAAAUAAAAAAACAACAAACAGAUC